AUGGUAUUGCUUCCUCGUGUUGGUAGAGAAUUCCAGGCUCAAAUUCCAGACCUUAUAACAGGACCUGAGUACAGUAGCUAUCUGAACAGGCCGGUUGACACAGAAAACGAAGAUCAUGUGCCCUUUGAUUUUUUUGUGGGAUUACCAGUACCAGUCACAUUGAUCAGAGAUAUCAGCACUGUCUCAGAGAAAAAGAAAGAUGAAAGGCUGGACUUUUCUGCGCAAUCAACUGACUCGCUUUCAACAGAUCCAUGUUACGUUUUGGUUCCUGGGGUCUGCCGUGAUUUAUGGAAUGAUACAGAAGAGGCAAGCUUUCUCCUUGGCUUGUACCUCUUUAAGAAGAAGUUUGUUGAGCUGAAGGAAUUUGUUGGAAGUAAAAAAAUGGGAGAAUUAUUGUUUUUCUACUACACAGCGUUUUAUAAGUCCUCUGGAUUUAAUACAUGGUCAACGUGUGGUGAAGGCAGAAAAGGGAAGCGUGCAUAUGGCACAUGGUUAUUCAAAGGUUUCAGGCAUCAGGAACUAUUAUCUCGUCUGAGUCCUCAGGUCUCCAAGGAAAGGCAGAAACUGCUGAGGGAGGUGACUGAAAAAUAUGCAGAGAAGGACAUGUCGCUAACCGAAUAUGUGUUCUCUAUAAAAUCUAUUGUUGGGUUAGAAACCUUUGUUAAUUCAGUUGCCAUUGGAAAAGGAAACCGAGAUCUAACAAGCAUGGUCCGUAGGCCUGUGCGGAUACCUGUUGGUGAAGCAUGUUCCAAUCUUGAACAUGCUGAGAUUGUGAAGAUUCGAACUGGACGUUGUCGUUUAACCAAAGUUCAGUCUAGUGAUUUGUUUUGGGAAGCCGUCUGGCCCCGUUUGCUGGCAAGAGGAUGGCACUCAGAACAGCCAAAAAACAAAGCUUCUCUGGUCUUUCUUUCUCCUUGUGUUGAGAAGUUUUCAAGAAAAUUAGUUAAAGGAAACCACUAUUUUGAAUCUUUUAAAGAUGUCUUGAGUAAGGUUGGUUCUGAACCAGAGCUUCUUCAGCUUGACACUUAUGAUGAAGGGGAGAAGAAGGAAGAGAAGGGGUUGAUUGAGGAGACCAAGGAGCAGCAAAAUUUGCCUAAGAAGCGUCGUUUUUCUUUGCCUCAUACAAGCCUCGAUAAUAAAAAAUCUGUCAAAUCCAAAAAAUUGAAAACUUUGCCAUCAGAAAUGAUAAUUGUUUCCCGACACAGUGAGGAGGAUACUUCUUUUGUCUCAACUAUUAAAUCCAAUUGCAUCCAAAACGUGUCGGUGGAUCAGCAAACAAGUAGUUCAAACCAACUUGUUCGGAUUGAUGGUCCAGAAACCAUAACGAAAGCAGAAAAGCAAAAGAAGUUGUACGACGACAAGCAGGCUCCAGAACUAGUAGAUAUUCAGUUGAGCCAAAAGCUGAAGAGAGAUAAUCUUGAUACUUCACUUUCAGUCAGGGAAAGUCACAGGACUACAACUGCUUGUACUAAUGAGGACACAGGUUCCGACAGGAGCACAUUUCCAUUGGUUCCGAGAUUUGGAUAUCUUGUUCAUGGUGGCUGCUCAGAUGUUCUUGACCCAAACAGCAAAGCAUUUUCUCAAGUGGGCUCAUCCCAAAAUAGGCGGCCAUUUACCAGUUCCCCAAAAGGAAACCCUUGUGGGAGCACUACUAGAGCUUCUCAAGAUGAAGAUUCUUAUGAUCAAGAAAAUUCUCAAUCUGGCAUGUUCAUGAUGACAAAUUUAGCAAACAUGCAAGAUGAUAUCACGAGCACCCAACAGGAUGCUUGCUGUGCACUUCAAACCUCUGCAGAUAAGAGUGCUCCAGAGCAGCCUAUUUACAUGAACUCUAGGAGACAAAGUACCAGGAAUAAACUACCAACUGCAAGAGCUCUUGAAGCCCUGGUAGAUGGAGAUUUGACAGUGAAGAGAAGGCGGAAGUAG